AUGGUGCUGAUCACGGACGACAGGGAUGGAGGAGUCGCAGCGUCGCUCCGGGUCAAGCAGCUCCAGCAGCACAAAGCCGGCGCGGGCAUCGCUCAGGUCCACCCGACAAUUGUUGAGGAGGAAGACUAUCUUGGCUCGUGCGAGGAUGACGAAGAGAGCGAGGACGAAGAGGAGGAGGAUUUCGAAGAAGUUGACUUCGAGGACUUGGAUGAUACUAGGAGUAUCGCGUCCGAUGACUCCUUCUACCCGCCCGAUGAUGAUGCGUUCGCGGACUCCGAGCGCUCCAUGUCCCCUCAGAGCCCGGAGCCCGUGUCCUUCUUUCGGGCGUGCUGCACUAACAACCUUUCUAUCGUCCGGAUCAUGAUAAGGCAUGGGCUGUCAGAGGACGAGGUCAAGCAGACGGACCGGAACAACAGGACAGGGUUGCUGGUGGCUUGUUACCAAGGUUAUGUUGACGUUGUCAUAGCGUUAUCUCAGUGUCCGUACGUGGAUGCUAACUGGCAGGACAGCGAGGGGAACACGGCUCUCAUCACCGCAGCGCAGGCAGGUCACAUUACAAUCACCAACUAUCUGCUCAACUACUACUCAGGCUUGGACAUUGAGAUUAGAAAUUGUCAUGGCUUCACCGCUCUCAUGAAAGCUGCCAUGCAGGGCCGCGUUGAAUGUGUCCGCUCGCUCAUGAUGGCAGGAGCCACUCUAAACGCACGUGAUUGUGGUCGUCAAAUGACCGCCAGGGAGUGGGCCUUGUUCACCGGUCGCUAUGAAACUGCCUGGGUGAUGGCCCGAUUGAUGGAACGGUCAACUCCGGAUCAAAUGUGUGAUACGUACAGUCUAGAGUGGCCCCCUCUGGCAUCAAUGGUAGCCAAAGCUCGCGAGCCCCGAGGCUGUCUGAGGCGCUUGACUGACACCAUGCGCGACGUGUUCAACAUUGCGAAUGUCACCAACCCCGAGGACGCCGGCGUCAUCGACCACCUGGUGUCUGUGACGACAGCCAUCAAGAGCCCUUUCAUUGCAGUAACUUGUCAUACGGUGUGCCCUGAGAGCCCCCCAAGUGUGGGCAAACGGCGUUACGCAGUUCCCGAGAUUGUCCGCCUUCAACGCGCCAAAGAGCUCAGCGCCAUCAAUCCGGACAGGGUAGAUACUCACCUCAGGCUAUUCCGGAAUUCACGGGUCACUCUGGUUCCCAAGCCCUUGCCCGAUCGGCGGGCCAGCCUUCAGACGCAGAGUGCGGCGCCUCGAGUCAGGACCUCCAGCCUGGGAAUGUUGUCUUAUAAUGGAACAGAGCUACGAAGGACCAGCCUUCUGCCUCUUCACAUGAUGCUCAGGAGGAGCAGCGUCAGGCCGGGAUUCACCAUCCCCAAAGUGAGGGUGUCCAAGGCCCCCGCGCCCACUUACGAGCCUGAAAAGAUCCGCAGGAAGAGCAGUGCUAAAGAUGGAAGCAGGCACUUGCUGCAGAUUCCUAAGUGGCGAUAUAAGGAGCUGAAAGAGGAAAGGAGGAAAGCUGAGGAGGCUGAAAGGAAGAGGCUGGAGGCAUUAACCAAGAGACACCUCACUGUCGGGAUGAGGAAGUAA